AUGUUCCAAGCUAUCCUUCAGCGGGUUGCCUCUGCAUCUGUAUCUGUCGACAAGAAGCUUAUUUCAUCAAUUGAGAGGGGCAUUCUUGUCUUUGCAGCGAUUGGUCCGGAUGACACGAAGAAGGAUGCAGAAUCCAUGGCUUCGAAAGUCCUCAAAAUGAAAAUGUGGCCAGACGAAACAGGUUCUAAACAAUGGAAACGAAGCGUGCAAGACAUUGACGGAGAAAUACUCUGUGUAUCCCAAUUCACACUUCUUGCAAAUACGCGCAAGGGCCACAAACCGGACUUUCAUGGUGCGGCAAAACCAGAAGAGGCGAGGUUGCUUUACGAUCAUUUCGUGUCGAAGAUACAGAACCUCUACUUGGCCGAGAAAGUCAAAAACGGUGUCUUUCAGGCCAUGAUGGAAGUUGGUCUUGUCAACGAUGGACCCGUAGGUGUAAAUUACCGCAGCGAGCAUGGCGCUGUGACUCUGGAAAUAGACACAAACCCUCCAAAGAAAGAAAAACAAUCAGAUGAUGCAAAUCCCCAGAAUGGCAAUGCUAUCCCAGACAGCACCGCCGGUUGUUUGCCGCAAGAACUUCUAGGUUGA